AUGGAGGUUGCAAAUCGCACUCGAUUAACGACAACUUUAGAUGUUACACACUUUCUUUUGAAACAAGGUUUGUCUUUCCAUGGACAUGACGAGUCAUUGAAUUCCUCAAAUAAAGGUAACUUUCUUGAAUUGAUUGAGUGGUAUACCCAAAGAAAUGAUGAGGUUUCCAAGACCAUGAAUGAAAAUGCCCCUGGAAACAAUCAAAUGAAGUCUCCAAUAGUUCAAAAGGAUUUAACACGGGCUUGUGCUGCUGAAGUCACAAAUGUCAUUCUUAAUGAUAUAAAAGACAAUAUAUUUUCUCUUAUGGUUGAUGAGUGUCGAGAUAUUUCAGUCAAAGAACAAAUGGGAGUUGUUUUAAGAUACGUGAACAAACAUGGAUGUGUUAUUGAAAGAUUUCUUGCUAUUGUACAUAUGUCUGAUACUUCUGCUAUUUCUUUGAAGAAGGCUAUUGAUGAAUUGUUUGCAAAACAUAAGUUGUCAUUAUCAAGAUUGAGAUGUCAAGGAUACGAUGGAGCUUCAAAUAUGCGAGUUGCUAAAAGUAAUCGAAUUGUGAGUGAUUUCUUCCAAUAUGUUACUAUGAUUGUGAAUAUUACUGGUGCUUCAUGCAAAAGAAAAGAUAAGUUUAGACAACUUGAACAUGAUAGACUUGUAGAAUGUUUGGAGAAAGGAGAUAUUGGAAUCACAAAUGAAUUAUCACUUGCCUUACAACAAAAGGAUCAAAACAUUGUACAGGCUGUCAGUUUGAUCAAGACAAUGAAAGUUCAAUUACAAAAAUUGAGAGAUGAAGGAUGGGAGAAUUUUUUGGACGUCGUCAACAAAUUUUGUAGUAACCAUAUGAUCCCAGUUCUUGAUAUGAUGGUUCAAGAGAUGAGUAAUCGGUUUUCAGAAUCAAGUACGGAGGUACUUACUUGCAUUGCUUGCUUAGAUCCAAAGGACUCUUUUUCUCAAUUUGAUAUUGGUAAGCUACUUCACCUUGCUGAACUUUAUCCGGAGAACUUUUCAUUGACUGAUCGUGUAAUACUUGAGGACAAACUUGAGACUUACAUUCAAAAUGUACGAGGUGAAUUUUCUAUGAUUGAAGAUUUGGAAAGUCUUGCUAAAAAGAUGGUUGAAAUGGACAAGAAUACAAUUUUUCCAUUGGUAUAUCGUUUGAUCGAGUUAGCAUUAGUUUUACAAGUGCAAGUUUUACAAGUGCAACUGCUAUUGAAAGAGUUUUUCUGCAAUGAAAAUUAUCAAGACUGA